UGAGUGCAAAAGUGUGACUGAAUUAUGUAAACAGUAAAAUUAAUAUUUCACUGAACAUGAGCGAAGGCAACACUUUGCAGCAAUCUUCAGUCAGUUUCAGCUCCAAGUAGAAUCAUUUCUUCCUCAGUCUGAAUUAUCCACAGUGACAAAUGAGCUUCAUUAACUGGUAAUGAUAACAAAUAAUCAAAAUCACACGCGGACAUACUUUGUAAGCACUAUGCUUCACGUUCCACAUCAAACAACUUUGUGCCGCAUGUGACUGCACGUGAGUCUGAGAUGUUUCCGAACGAGAUCCAUGAAAAGCGCUCAUCGUGCAGAUCUUCAUGCUGUCUGGCAGUGGAUAAUCACGACGUGACACAAACUAAUUCUCUGUUUUCAUGUUGGAGCACAACCAUCUCGUGUCCCUCGCGCUGAGUCUCACAGUAAUGUACACGCACAACAUCUGCCGGCUCUGCUGCCUCUCUUGACACCAUUUGGACGGUGACAGCUGAGUGGGAGCGCGCUCAGAUCAACACGAUGACGGAGGGGGGUCGUCCAAAAAUAGCCGCGGUCGGUCACGGCCUGCUCGGCUCUGGAAAUAACCACGAGUGCGUGUGGGGGGCUGAGGUCAUUUUUGAAAAAUUCACUAUUAGUUCAAAUCCCCAUAUGUGGACAAAGCCAUCCUCUGGGAGCCCAAGGAUGCGGACUCAAAAAUGUUCUCGUUUUCCUAAGUGCACGUGUUGAAAUAAAUCAAAUGUAAAAAUAAAUAAGUGUCAGAAUGAUGGAGCUGGACCCGUGAAGUGGGGCAGGGAAGCCAGACCGCGCUGAGUGCUGAAGGGCAGCCUCAGCCUGGCACACUGAUGCAGGCGGGUAGAAUAUCAACAGACGGGUUUAACCUAAAUCUCCGUGGCAACGCAGCUCUGAUUGGGCUCCGUGCUUCGCCCAGUUGGGAUGACAUUUGAAUACAGUGCUGUCGUCCCUCGUGCAAUAAUUACUCCUGUGAGUGUGUGUUUUGUGUCUCCGCUCCGCUGCUCCUCCUGCAGAAUUUCUUUCCUUUGUGUCACUGGUGUCACCUGUACCCCAGACUAAGAUUGAAAUAGAUCAAUCUGGGAUUAGGUCAUCGUAUGAUAAGGGGGAGGGAUGUAUUGGGUGAGCGCAUGGGUGACGCCGCCUUCAUGUUCAUCCAGUGUGCAAAGCUGCUGCUGAGGACAAACUGCACAAAUCUGUGCCAGUUCAGUCAUUUAAUCAGAAAACACAGCACAUGUUCAUACGUGUGUGUGUGUGUGUGUGUGUGUUCAUGCGUAUACCUGUGUUUGUGGUAAGCGUGCGCUGCUGUGUGUGUGCCAGGCCCUGCUAUGGUGAGGUGUGUUAGCGAUGACGGAUGUGGAGGCGACCUAUGAGGACUUCAUCGCCUCUCGACGGUCCGGCCGCAGGAACGCCAUCCAUGAAAUCCCAGCAGCCCCUGGCAUGCAGGGACCUGCCGACCUGUCACAGAGUCUGGCACAGCUCAACAUCAACAAGUCAGGUGAUGAGGGGGAAGACGCUGAGAAAAGCCAGGACUCGCCAGCUAAAGAAAAGGAGACUCAAGCUGAUGGCAGCUAAGCAGCAAAGGGCUGCUGACGUUUGCGGACUCAAACAGCCGCUUCCUCUUGUCCAACCGAUCGUCGUGUAUUAGGCCCUCCACCUGACCAGUUGCAUCUGAUGACUGUGAACAGACAGCAAAAUCCUCUACUGCCACCAGCCUGCCAUCAGGAAGUCUAGCUCUGGAAUUGUCCUAGUUUCCUUACAAAGCUUCCUUUCCUUGCUGCCUUUCCGUCAUGGCUGCUGAUAUGGGACUGGAUGUGACACAUGAUGAGCGCAGGAUGACUCUACACACGAAACCGACACUCUCUGACUGUCCUGAGAAGGACGGAGAGAAGGGAAAAGAGGACAUUUGGGGUUUUGGGGUUUCAGACAGGCUUAAGUGUUUCCACUGAAUUAAAACUUCGUCUUCCCUCCAUCCCCGCACCUCGCCUUGAUUCAAUCACCGCUGAUGUGGCUGAAACACUUCCAGGGAGCCGGGGACAGUAAUUGGACACCUCUUCUUCCUCUGCCCUUCUCACAUCAAUCAGCCCUCACCGCCGACUGUGUCCAACAUCCUGCUUUUGUUUAUUUCAGCCCGUGGGUCAAGUUCUGCACAUCCACUGGAUUUUAUAUGAGCUGGCAGGACAUUAUCACACAACUGCACUACAGUGUUUUCAAAAUGAAACUGAACAUGCUAAUGGAGGAUGGUGUUGUACUUUGUGUCUCUUUAUCCACGUCAGGUGCUUAACAUCAAUUUGAUUUACAUUGUGGACAUUUUUAUGUAGUAAGCCAUUAACUUGACAGAGUCCUUGCGAGAUUGAUUUUCAUUCUUGCAGUUAUUCAGGUGGUUGCACAUUGGUUUGGAAUUAUCCUUACCGUGCAGCUUAGGUAAGACUAAAUCUGUCCGGUGACUAAGUAUAGUUGAUUAUAUUUAGUCAUGCCACUCACAGUGUGCAGCGUGUCUGUGGCGAAGCUUCAGUCUUGUAGUACGUGGACAUUCAUUGGACAUAGAAAAGUGUCUGUAUUAUACUGACUCCUGGUUUUCCUACAUUAAUUUACUGCCAUUUAGCAUAUCUAAGUGUGUGUCUGUGAGGAUGUGUGUGUGUUUGAAGCUUGGUUUGUGUUGGAAUGGCUUGUGAGAUAAAGAGUUCAUUUGCAGCUGGAGAUAAGAGAAGACUCAAGUACACCAUAGUGUAUUAUUUAAAAUGUAUUAUUGGUGUUUAGGGGUGUGUUUGUGUGUAUUUCUUUGUGUUAUCAGGACGAUAACUCAUGUGAUUGUACAGACUGCCUGUGAAUUCUGCAUUUCCCAUCUCUCCUUCAGCAACAACUGCGCUUCUCAAUACUGUACUGGUAGCUACGAUACACUGCCUUUUCCUGUUAUGCCGAUCAGAUAUGUGGAUAUGCACUCCAAAAGUGUCCAUCUGGAAGUCAUUUCACACCGGCGUGCUGACAUGUCGAUAGAUAACUUCCUAAAGGGGCUAGAGGCAUUUUUACUGCUGUGAUGUGAUUGAAGGACCAGCACUGUUGCACUGCAGAGCACCCACGAUUAUGUCAUAUUUUUCAUGUUGUUGUUUUCUUUUUGGUGUGCAAUUAAAUCUCACCGGUGAAACAUCAAA